CUCGUACCACCAGUAUGAUGACUUAUGGGUAAACAACUCUCCUUGGACAACUCAAAGGCCCUAGAGCGUUACAAGACUGAAGUGUGUACUUAGGUGAGGUCUUCUAUCAACUGCUGGCCUACUGAACUCGUACGAGUACGAAGAUGACUGAUCACACAUCACCACUGCAAUUCCGUCUCCGACCACUCGGUCGAGCACCUUCAAGCGAAGUGUACUACGGUUCAAAGCGACGGUAACGUACCGAUCAAGGGAUGGAGAUUUUACUCAUAUCCCAAGAUCUGAUGAGUAACCUUUCGUACCAGGGUAUGGAUGGUCGAUGCACGAAUCGUGGAGCUCGCUCGCUCUAUGUCGGUGGGAACGGAGCGCGAGGUCGAGAAAACCGAUAGAAAGUUGCCCGGGUUCGCCCUCUGAUUGGCCACUACUCUACACGGAUCAAUAUUGCGACGAGUACCGACUCGCGCUUUUAUCAUUGCCUGAUGCGUUCUUUCGUAACGCUUUCGUAUAGCAGACUCUCAUUGUGUGCAUUGGGCUCUACCCACCGUCGCAGCGCAUCAUGGCGACUCGGAGAUACUCGCCUAACGUAUUUCCGUGUCGAGGGGUUUCCUUACGAUAUGAGGACGGAUAAAAGACCAUUCACCCUCUUUUCACAAUCGCCUGUUCAGUUCAAAUCUGAAACAGCUUCUUCUCGAGCGUAAAGACAAGUCUUCAGCAUCAAGUACUACCCUUACAACGAGACAGACAAUGUCAUCUCAACGGAUUCCGGGCCCUCCCUACCCGGCACAGACUGCUGGAGUAGGUGGUGUUCCCACGGUUGGAGUUGAUGUUCCAAUAUGCAGCGUCUUCUUGUUCCUAUUCAUGUGCGGCGCGGCCAGCCACAUGACAAUUCUGCAGGUCAACCGUAGGCGGGGACACAAGUUCAUCAUGUCUGGCUUGAUGUUCGGCUUCUGCAUGGCACGAAUUACGACAAUGAUCAUGCGCAUCGUAUGGGCCUGCUAUCCGAAGGAUGUUCAGAUCGCAAUCGCCGCCAGCAUUCUCGCCUACGCCGGUGUUCUAAUUCUUUUCCUCAUCAACGUCAUCUUUGCACAAAGAAUCAUUCGAGCGGCUCACCCACACUUUGGCUGGCACAAGACAUUGUCCACUGUCUUCAUUGUUCUCUAUGUCUUGAUUGGAGUGAUGUUGGCAAUGGUCAUAACCGCAAUCGUGCAGUCCUUUUACACACUCAGUCCGAACAUCCAUCGCAUCGACCGCGACCUACAAAUCACAGCCUCGACAUAUUUGCUGUUUAUAUCAUUCCUCCCACUUCCGAUGGUGAUCCUGGGUUUGAUUAUCCCUCGACAGACGAGGCUUGAGAAGUUUGGGUCGGGACGAUGGAGGACCAAGAUCGGGAUCCUCCUUACAAGCUCUACGCUGCUAUGUCUCGGGGCAUGCUUCCGAGCAGCGACAAACUACAAAAACCCGCGGCCAAGAGAUGAUCCAGCCUGGUAUGAUGCGAAGUGGUGCUUCUAUUUCUUCAAUUUCACCAUCGAGAUCAUUGUCAUAUUUCUCUAUAUCAUCCUUCGAGUUGACCGACGUUUCCAUGUUCCGGAUGGGAGCAAAGGCCCGGGAGACUACGUCGCAGAGCGCAAGAAUGAUGAGGAAGGAGUACCUGAAAAUCCUCCUCGUCAAAGCACAAGCAGCAUGGCGAGAGUCCUGUCUGAGGAGGAGGUCUUUGAUGAUGAGUCGCCUAUUGAUCGGAGACUCAGUACGAGCAAGGAUCUCGAGGGCCAGCAUUGACGAACACCGAGAGCAUAUCAAUAGAAUUGAUAGAGCAAAAGCUGUACAUUACUCACGAAUAUAUUACUGAGAUGAAAAUGAAAAUGUAAAUACCUGGACUGCG